GGUUGGUGAAGGAAGCGAUAUUCUAAAGCCGCCACCCAACUUCCCACCACGACCACCACCACCACCCUCUUCCUCCUCCACCAAUUCAACCUUCCGUCUCGACGCUGAAUAUUUUUCUACCCACUACUGCUACUGCGUGAUUGUGUGUGUAAAGCUCAGAGAAAAACAAUGGCGGUUCACGUUACCAACAUAGCCAAGAACCUACAAACAGCCAAUUUUACUCCCAAUCUCACCAAAACACACAACCCCGCUUCCAAAUCAUCACCAUUAUCUUUUGUAUCAUUUGGAUCGAAAUUCAAAAAUCCAUUGAUUCAAAUCUCUGUUUCUUCCAAUCAAAACCUCGGGAGAAACUCACUUACGAUUUCAGCUUCUGUUGCCAGCACCGAGAAGCCGUCCACGCCGCCGGAGAUUGUGUUGCAACCCAUCAAAGAGAUAUCCGGAACCGUUCAUUUGCCAGGAUCCAAGUCUCUCUCUAAUCGGAUUCUUCUCCUUGCUGCCCUUUCUGAGGGGACUACUGUUAUUGACAAUUUAUUGAACAGUGAUGAUGUUCAUUACAUGCUUGGAGCUUUAAAAACUCUAGGAUUACAUGUUGACGAAAAUGGUGCAACUAAAAGAGCAAUUGUGGAAGGUUGUGGCGGUGUGUUUCCGGUGGGUAGAGAAGCCAAGGAUGAAAUUGAGCUUUUCCUUGGAAAUGCAGGAACAGCUAUGCGUCCGUUGACUGCCGCCGUUACUGCUGCUGGUGGAAAUUCGAGCUAUAUACUAGAUGGUGUUCCUAGAAUGAGAGAGAGGCCGAUUGGUGAUUUGGUCACUGGUCUUAAACAGCUGGGUGCAGACGUUGAUUGUUUUCUUGGUACAAACUGCCCACCGGUUCGUGUUGUUGGAAGUGGAGGUCUUCCUGGUGGAAAGGUCAAACUCUCAGGAUCUAUUAGUAGUCAAUACUUGACUGCUCUGCUCGUGGCAGCUCCCCUUGCACUUGGAGACGUAGAGAUAGAAAUUAUAGAUAAACUUAUCUCUAUACCAUAUGUAGAGAUGACAUUAAGGUUGAUGGAACGGUUCGGUGUUUCUGUAGAACACAGUGAUAGUUGGGACAAGUUUCUUAUCCGAGGCGGUCAAAAGUACAAGUCGCCUGGAAAUGCUUAUGUAGAAGGUGAUGCUUCAAGUGCAAGUUACUUCUUAGCUGGUGCCGCCAUCACUGGGGGAACCAUCACGGUGGAAGGUUGUGGGACAAGCAGUUUACAGGGAGAUGUAAAAUUUGCUGAGGUACUUGGACAAAUGGGUGCGGAAGUAACCUGGACGGAGAACUCCGUCACGGUGAAGGGCCCACCAAGGAAUUCUUUCGGAAGGAAAAAUUUGCGUCCUGUAGAUGUGAACAUGAACAAAAUGCCGGAUGUUGCCAUGACUCUUGCUGUUGUUGCUCUUUAUGCUGAUGGUCCCACAACCAUUAGAGACGUGGCUAGCUGGAGAGUAAAAGAAACUGAAAGGAUGAUUGCCAUUUGCACGGAACUAAGAAAGUUGGGAGCAACAGUCGAAGAAGGGCCCGAUUACUGCGUGAUCACUCCACCAGAAAAACUGAAUGUGACAGAAAUCGACACAUACGAUGAUCACAGAAUGGCCAUGGCCUUCUCGCUUGCGGCCUGCACAGAUGUUCCUGUCACCAUCAAGGAUCCUGGUUGCACCCGUAAGACCUUCCCGGACUACUUUGAAGUUCUUCAAAGAUUCUCUAAGCAUUGAACCAAAUGCUUUAGCGUACGAAAAUGGUUGAGUGUGAGUAUACCAUUCUACCCUUCACCUGCCAUCUUUCUUCACUAGGGUUUCACUAAAACUAGAUGUUUGCAUGAUUCAAGCAUGUAAUUUAUCUUUUUUGUUUGAAAUUGUAGCUUUUUUUUAUAGAACUACAAAGCCUCUUUACCAGUUAAAGAUGGAGUGUAAUCUUGAAUUUUAUGCAAGAUUUUGUUAGC